AUGCUGUUCCGGACAAGGGGGAACGGAGGCCAGGGGCCAAAAGCAGAGCAGCACGUCGUGGCCUUCCUGCCUGUCUGGCGUGAACUUCCUGAGGACCCCUUGGCAUGGCCCAACCAAAGCCCUAACCCCAGGUUCCAGAGCGCUUGCCUGGCACUCAAGGCCUUUGUGGUCCGGCCCUGCCUGCCCCCGGGCACAGCCUGUCUCCCACCGCUCUGCCCUCCCACUGGUGCCCCAAGUGUGUCACUCCAGGAAUUACUGGACCGGGGACACUCACCGCUCUUCCGGCCUCCGGUCUCCCCCUUCUGGGCUCUUCUCACACGGCAGCGUGAUCAGCCCUCGUCUCUCCUUGCUCAGCACCUUCAUCCCUCCCCCUGCUGCCACAGUUCUGGCCCUGCCAACCCCAGCUGCCCUCCCGCUUCCCUCAGCGCCCUCAGCUCGCGCUGCGCCGGCCCCGUCCUCCCUCCCAAGGCCGCGGCUUUCCUGCCUUGGGCUGCUGCACCUGCUGCUCGGAGCACCUUCCUCAAGUCUCUGUCUCCGGUGGGUGGGUGCCUGCACCUCCCCUUGGCCCUACGAGCAGCUGGUCGACACCUUUCUUCUAAGCCGCCUUCAGUCCACACCCCUCAGAGCGGAAGCCAGCCCUCCAGCCGGGAUACUAGCAACACGGGAGCCUUGCCCGGAGAGCAGAUGAAGAUUUCAUCUUCCCAUCUGACAAGGGACACCUGCUCGAGGCGGCCAGGCCUCAAUAUGUUUUAAUGAACGCUUCCUCUAGUCCCUAACUUCAGAACCACGGCGUUACAGAUGAACCGCUCUUCGUCAUCAGCGGCUCAGCAGGAGUGGGGCCUGCCGGCUGGGACGGAUGGGCUCCUAAGGCUGGGCCACCGUGGGAGCUGGAGCCGGGGAAGGAGUGGGGGUUAUGCAGGCAGCCCUGGGGUUAUUACGGCUCGUCUGCAGCCCGUCUCCUCACUGACGGCGAGCCUGUGGGCAUGGUGGCAUCCCCAUUUUAUGCCUGACUGCCUUCAGCGGCGUUGAUAUUUGCUGUAAGUUCUUCAUAUGAAAAAUGAGGCGAAUAGCUAUCAAUAAUGCUGGGUAGGGGAAUAAACGACCUCACAAGCAA